AUGAUGGCAUAUGUUAAACCUCCUCAUAUACCUGAAGAUUUGGAUACCGAAGUGUUUUACAUUGAACACACCAAGGAAUGGUUUCUUGAAUACGAGGAUUAUUUGAAACGAAUCGACUAUUACAAUAGACGAAAGUUUGUGUGUGAAAUCACUGGGAAUUCAUGUUUAACUUUCUUUGAAGCCUUAGAAUCUGAACAAAAGGAGAUCACGGGUGUGGAAUCGAAUUUCCCAGAAGCUCUAAGGGAACAUAUCUUACGGUUUCUCCAGUUCAACAGAAUAACAAGAUUAGAUCAUUUGGUUGAUAAAGUAUAUCUGACUUUCAAAAAUGAUUAUUUUCCGGGUGAAACCAUAUUCAUAAAGGGUUCAAUUAAUACCACGAAUAAUCAGUAUCAAGAUUCAAAUGUUCGUCAAAGAGGUACCAUUAGAGAAAAAGUUCAAUAUGGUUCCAAAGAUUCAACUAAAUAUCUAGUGGUAAGAUUAAAUGAUAGAAAGGAAGCCAUUGUCACCAAUGAUAGAAUUUCAAGAGAUAGAAACCAUUUCACAAAAUGGAUUAUCAAGACGUUCAUCAAAUUGACUAUGUCAAGAUCUCAUAGAAUUGGUGCUCCUUGGGUAGUAAAAGAUAAGUUUGCUAAAAAAUAUCAUAUCCCUCAAGAAUAUCCUGAAGACUUGAAACAUUUUUCAGCUUCAACCCCCACUGGAGAAAUUGUUUAUGGUGAAGGUUCAAUCAGUGAUUCUGAUGACGAUGACGAGAAUGAUGAUGUUGACGAAAAUGGGUCUACCAUCAAUGGUGAUGGUGUAGUUACCGAAGAUGGUAAUUCAAAGGAGAAUGGUACUAAACAUAAGAAACGAGGUACUAAACGAAAGACAGAACAACUACAAUUGGAUGAAAACGGUAAUCCAAUCAUAAUGAAUGGUGAAGAUGCUCAACCGAAAAGGAAAGGUCGUAAACCAAACCCAAACCUGAUAAAAAAUCAAAAGAAAAGAGCUAAAGAAGAGAAAUUGGCAGCAGCAGCAGCAGCUGCUGCAACUUCUGCUGCUAUUUUAGCUGGGAAGAAACUGGGAUCCUUGGGUAAACUUACAAUUGGAGGACCAGAUGAAAAUGGUGAGUUUACAACUAUUAAUGGGAACGGUGACUUAUCUCAUAGAGAUUAUCGGAAACUAUUCCCCACUCAUUAUGUACCUGAGAAGAUACAAAGGGAAUUGGAUAUUGCCGCCAUGGAAAGUCAUACCCCUAUUCCACUUAAUGGAAGUGAAAGAGGUACUCCACUGGUUUCGUUAACAAUUUCUUCAUUUCAACCAACUAAAAAGAAUAUUGUGGAAGACCAUGAACUUAGAUUUGAUAUUCAAAAUCCUAAACCAUCACCUUCACCAAUGCUACUUCCUCAGAAUGCAAGAGCAUGGAAUGAACAUGUGAUUUCGGAGUUACAAGAAACAUUAUCUGAAUUGAACUAUAAGCUUGAAGAGACCCCACAUGACAUUGACAUUAUAAAUCAAAUUGAAACCAUUAACCAUGAUAUUAAGAGUCGCCAGUAUCCUUAUAUCCGGUCAAUAGAAGAAGCAUUACAAUCGUGGAUAUUUAUUAAUGUCUAUCAUAAGGUUCUUAAGCUUGAUACUUUCACUUUUGAUGAUUUCGUCUAUGCAAUGGGUUGGAAUUUCAAUCAGUACAAUGAAAUUGGAAGAUGUGAUUUGUUAGAUGAAAUCUGGUGUGCUGUUUUAGGGGCGAUCAUUUCUAAUGAGAAUCCAACUCAAGAACAAUUGAGAAGAACUCAAGGUAUCUUUGGACUUCAAAUAAGUUUACCUCCCAAAAAGUCAUAUCUUCAUCCUGAGAACAAUAAUAUAGAUCAAGAAGCUGAAGACAUUGAUGUGGAAAACAUUAGUCAAGCAGAAGAGGAAGAUGAUGACGACGAAGACAAGGAUGAAGAUAGCGAUAUAAUCUUUGUUGCAAAGAAGAAGACGAAAAGCAAAUCCAAUAAGCAAAAGAAUCAGGAUAGGGAGGAAGAAGAGGGAGAAGGAGAUGACGAAGAAGUCAUUGAUGUUGAAGAAGAAAAUUCAUCUGGAAAGGACAAUAAUAAUGAAUCUGACUCCGAAGGUCAAAGUGAUGACGAAGAAGGAUCCAACGAUGGUGACAAGGAUAAAGACAACGAAGAAGAACACAGGGAACAUAAUGCUUAUUCAGUUAUGAAUCAUAGAGGUACUCCAUGGCAUGAAAGACUUAGAAAACGUAAUUUUCGGGAUGGAAACUGGCAAACAAUCAUGCUUGGAUUAUUGUCUAUAGUGGAAUAUGUUCCAAAUUACAAACCAAUUAUAGAGAAAGUAUAUCGGAUAUUAGCACCUUCAGACACACCAGCUACAGCACAAUCAGUUCUCACUAACUUUUAUUCUGAUUUGGAUAUCAAUGUCAAGUUUCAAAUAUUGAACUUCCUUACAUCAUUAUUAGUGAAUGGUAAGAUUGUACGUCAUCAUAUUGACUUUGCAAUGGUUGAAUCAGCUAAUCUUAGACGUCAAAGAUUGGAUUCUAUCAAGGAUUUUAAAUCUGCAGUGGAGAAUGCUCAAAAGAUCAAUUUACAAAUGUAUGAAAUUGCUCAGAAGGAAUCUAAGGAUCAAAAUGGGAAUCAUACUCCGAAUGUCACCAGAAGACCCAGGUUAAUUGUCAAAAUAUCAGAAGAAAUGAAUGAUGAAGAGAAGAAAAUAGCUGAACGGGCACCAGAAUAUAAGAAGCUUUGGAGGGAGAAACAAAGUGCAAUUUUGAAGAUUGAAGAAUUGAAAAAAGCCAAAAGAGAACUUGAACGUAAACUCACGGAAAUGGAUUGUCAAAGAGUCAAGCUUUUAGGUAAAGAUAGACAUUUCAAUAGGUAUUGGUGGUUUGAAAAUAAUGGGUUACCAACCUUACAUGGUGGUGCUGAUGAUGAAGAUGACAAUGAAGACGGUAGUGGUGAAGACAAUACGAAAAAGGACAAUGAUGAAGACGAUGAUGAUAAGGAUGAAGUCUUGGAGGAAACUUAUUUGAUAGGGAAGUUAUGGAUACAAGGACCAUGUGAAGAUGACAUUAAAACCAACUUAAAAGUUUCAAUUGAAACUAUUAAUGAUAUUUUGAACCAGUGGGAUGCUUCCAUUGAACCACUUAAAGAUGCUGAAGACGAUGAUAAUGCUCCCGUAGAAGUAGAAGAAAUUAAAGCUGAAGUUAUUGACGUUGAAGCUGAAGAACAAGAACAAGAACAAGAGAAUGAAAAAGAAUUGGAGAAUAAGGAGGAUGAAAUCAAAGUCAUGGAUUUUACAAAGAUUCCCGAGUUCUAUAAAGUCACGUCGAAGGACAAGUUUGGCAUUCAUAUUAAAGAAACAGAGAUUUGGGGUUCUAUGGGUGGUAGUGAUGACCAAAAUGACCUAAAGUUAAUCUUAGAUAACACUGGAGCCCUUAGUAACUAUGAAGUGGUUCAAAAGCUUUCACCCAUGCAACGGAAGAUGAUUGAAGAAGGACCCAGUGCACUUUUGAAUGGAUCUUGUUGGAAGUUCUACGAUAAGCCAGAGGAAAUCACCCAAUUAAUUCAAUGGUUAAACCCUUGGGGGAAACGAGAGUCACAAUUGCGAAAGGAAUUAUUAAUAGUUAAAGAAGCUAUUGACUUGAGUAUCAAAGCUAGAAGGAAAGCUUUAUGGUUGGAACGGAUUCCUGAGACAGAAGAGAAACUACGCAAUGAAAUUAUAACUGUUCAAAGUCGAAUUAACCAACUCCAAUCAUCACCUGGCAAAGUGAUUACUUCUAGUGACUCUGGACUCGUUCCAAUUGGUUCAAAGAGAAGCAUUCGAGCUUCAGCUCAACUGAGAAAAAAGACCAAGAUAGAAACCGUCGAGGAAGCUAACAAAUGCGAAGACCCUGAAUUGUUGGCUGAAUUCAAGAAGGAGAUUCAAAGUAAACUCGUUGAUGUUAAGCAACAGCGGGAGCUUGAACGAGUUUUGGAAUGGGUGAAUUCUCGAGCUCUUGAUGAAUUUGAACGGUCACUUUAUGAAGGCGGAGAUCGUGUUAAAGCUCGUGCAGGACGUAAGAAGCGGUAA